AUGUGCGCCACCUCUAAACCAUCUUACGGUUCCCUGACGUCACUUGUUGCUAGCCGCAGCUUCCAGACCAGCACCAUUUCAAGGGAUAUCGACACAGCAGCCAAGUUCAUUGGAGCUGGGGCUGCCACUGUUGGGGUGGCUGGCUCGGGGGCUGGGAUUGGGACUGUGUUUGGCAGCCUCAUCAUUGGUUAUGCCAGGAACCCUUCUCUGAAGCAACAGCUGUUCUCCUACGCAAUUUUGGGCUUUGCCCUGUCUGAGGCCAUGGGGCUAUUUUGCCUGAUGGUGGCCUUUCUCAUCCUCUUCGCCAUGUGAAGCAGCCAUCUGCACGUUUCCCUCCCGUAGUUCUUUCUCCCAUGUCCUGUCUGCCCUGAAUGUUCCUUUUCCUGCCCCCCCCAUCCCAGGAAGUCUGGGAAAAGUGGUUGGCUCAGGGUUUGACAGAUUGAAGACAAAUAAAUACUGUAUUAAUAAGAAAAAAAAAAA